AUGGCUGGUGACAAAUUUGUUCUUCACUAUCUUACCGAAUCCAGAGCGCUGAGAAUUGUUUGGCUCUUGGAGGAGUUGAACCUUGACUUUCUGUUGAAAGUGUACAAAAGAGUCGGUGGUGUCCUUGCACCCAAGGAAUUGUUGGAUGUGUUUCCAACAGGCAUGUCUCCCGUAUUGCAAAUCUUCAAGGAAGGUGAAACUGAACCACUUACCUUGGCUGAGUCGGGCCACAUUAUUCAGUACGUGAUUCGUCACUACGACACUGAGGGCAAAUUGACCCCAUCUUCUGAUGCGGAGAAGGAGAAGGUGGACUACUUCUUGCACUUUGCCGAGGGCAGUUUACAGCCACACCUUGUGUCCUUGUUGGUGGGUGAUGUUGCUUCCCACAAAGCUCCAUGGCCUGCUAGCUACCUUGUCAAAGGCAUUGUGGGCAAAAUCAAUUCCGAAUAUUAUUUGAAGAGACUCAAGACCAAUCUCCAGUUUUUGGAUGACGUCUUGGCUAAGAAGGGCGGUGGAUUCUUCGUGGGCGACAAAUUGACUGGCGCUGACAUCAUCCUCGAAUUUCCCGUGGGUCAGAACGUCUUCUCGAACGAACAAAGAGCACGUAAUCUUGGCUUGGACGUUCCUCCAAGCAAGGCAUGGCCACACUUGUACGAAUGGAGCAAGCUCGUCGCUGGUCAGCCUCUCAGAAAGAAGGCAGUGGCCACUGAGAAGGCCAAUUUGUAA